AUGGAGAUUUCGGAUCAAACACCGGAGGGCUCUUCGCAGAGAAAAAUGGGAAGAGGCAAAAUUGAAAUUAAGCGGAUCGAAAACACAACAAAUCGGCAAGUUACCUUCUGCAAGCGCCGCAACGGCUUGCUCAAAAAAGCCUACGAAUUAUCUGUUCUUUGCGAUGCUGAAAUUGCACUCAUCGUCUUCUCCAGCCGUGGCCGCCUCUAUGAGUACGCUAACAGCAGUGUCAGAACAACGAUUGAAAGGUACAAGAAAGCAUGUACUGAAUCCUCAAACUCGGCAUCUGUUUCCGAAGCUAAUGCGCAGUUUUACCAGCAAGAGGCAUCCAAACUUCGAAAACAGAUCCGGGAAACCCAAAAUCUGAACAGGCAUAUACUGGGUGAAGCGCUUAGCAGUAUGACCUUGAAAGAACUGAAGAACCUGGAGGUAAAAUUGGAGAAAGGAAUCAGCAGAAUUAGAUCCAAAAAGAAUGAAAUGCUUGCCGCUGACAUCGAGUUCAUGCAAAAGAGGGAGGCUGACCUGCAAAAUGAAAACAAUUAUCUGCGAGCAAAGAUAGCUGAAAAUGAGAGAGCACAAGAGCAGCUACCGACAGCAAGCUUGAUGCCAGCAACUGCGUAUGAGUCCGCCACGUCUUCACAAGCGUACGAUCGGAACUACCUCCCUGUAAACCUUCUGGAAUCCAACCACGUCUACUCCCGCACAGACCAGACAGCUCUCCAAUUUGUGUAA